AUGUCAAGUGCUGCAUCGUCUAAUAUUAAUGCAGCUAUACGAACACGUCGAUCGAAUAAGCAGCAUCGCCGUCGCAAUGAAUUAUCCUAUGUGAUUAGUCAUCCAACAAGUGCUAACAUUUUGUCUUAUUCGAAAUAUUUCUUUUUUAAAUCAACAUUUGGUCGUCUUGCAUUACUUUUUCUGUUCAUCGCCGCAUUUCAUGCGUACAUAUUGUGUUAUAUUCUCUGGCCAAAAUUAAUCACUUGGCUGCACAAUUCAACAUCAAUAGAAGAGCUUUAA